AUGCCUUUGCUCACUGUUUUACUUGCCAUUUCCCACGCCGUCCUGGGCUCGCUCGCCAGUACAACACCGGACGAUGCACACUUUGAUGUUUUGGACUAUGUCGACCCUCUCAUUGGUACUGCCAACGGAGGCCACGUCUUUCCCGGCGCCAGCUUGCCAUAUGGAAUGGCAAAGGCAGUUGCGGACGUGAACAAAGAACUCCAGGGUGGAUUCACGUCCAACGACGGCGAAAUUACCGGCUUCUCACAUAUGCAUGACAGCGGAACAGGCGGAGGUGCCUCUCUGGGUAAUUUCCCAUUGUUUCCUCAAACCGGGUGUGACGGGGAUGCCCUGAACAACUGCUACUUCCCAAAGGCAACACGAGCUUCACAGAGGAUCAAUGGAACCGUCCAGGCGAGACCGGGUUAUUUUGCCGUCACAAUGAACACAUCGGUACAUGCGGAAAUGACAGUCACCAGCCACACUGCGUUGUACCGAUUCACCUUUCCGACUGAUGGCACUCCCACCAAGCGUAGCGGAAAUGCAACGCUGAAAAUGCCAUACAGUCCCCUGAUCCUAGCUGACUUGACAGACUUGGCAGACUCGAGAAGCCAUGGAAGUAUUUCGGUAGAUGCUCAGUCGGGAAGAAUUACGGGGCUUGGAACGUUUAAUCCUUCAUUCGGCAUCGGCACUUACAACUCGUACUUUUGUGCCGAUUUUAACGGCGCCGAGAUCCGUGAUACGGGAGUCUUCAUGAACAACCGUGCUGGAACUGAGCCGAAAUCGCUUCAACUCCCGACAGACGGUAAUACAGUGCCAGGGGGCGCUUGGGUUCAGUUCCAUCCGCCACAGUCGAAUCAGAUUCAGGCCAGAGUUGGUUUGUCCUUUAUCAGCACAGAACGAGCAUGCAACAAUGCCGAGGCCGAGAUACCCGAUUUCAACUUCAAAAAUGUGACGAGGGCGGCGGAAAAGGCAUGGCGGACCAAAUUGAAUGUCGUCAAGGUAAAUAACACUGGGGUUUCAAAAUCCUUACAAAGGACAUUUUGGAGCGGCGUCUAUCGCACGAUGCUGUCUCCCCAGGACUAUACUGGAGAAAACCCGCUGUGGAAGAGCGAUGAGCCUUACUUUGACUCUUAUUAUUGUAUCUGGGACAGCUUUAGGAGCACGCAUCCGUUGCUCACUUUGAUCGAUCCGCAUGCUCAAGCACUAAUGGUUCGCGCGAUGAUUGAUGUGUAUCGCCAUGAAGGCAAGCUUCCCGACUGCCGCAUGUCGCUUUGUAAAGGGUUUACCCAGGGCGGAAGCAACGCCGACAAUGUCCUAGCCGAUUCCUAUCUCAAAGGACUCAGGGACGGGAUAGAUUGGGAAACUGGCUAUGAGGCUGUGGUAUCAGAUGCAGAAGUUGUUAACGGGGGUUCAGAUGAGCCUGCCAUUUGGACAGUUGAAGGAAGGGGUGGACUGCAUAGUUGGAAGACGCUUGGCUAUAUUCCCACCGACGACUUCGAUCCGUAUGGUGUAGGAAUUUUUACUCGGUCUAUUUCCCGAACCGUUGAAUAUUCAUACAACGAUUUCUGUAUAGCGGAAAUGGCCAGAGACUUGAACAAGGCUGCCGAUGCUGAGAAAUAUUUGAAGCGUUCGACCAAUUGGAAGAACUUGUUUGACCCUACUUCUCGCUCGAAACUCAAUACUACAGGAAGCCACGAUCCGGCUGGCCUCGUGGACAGUGGGUUCCACGGAUUCUUGCAACCAAGAUAUCUAAAUGGCAGCUUUGGCUAUCAGGACCCGGCCAUUUGCACGGCUCUAUUCAACUUUACCUCUUGUUAUCUGAACCCGGAUGGACACGAGACCUACGAGGGCGGGUCGUGGCUUUACACAUUCCAAGUUCCUCACGACCAGGCGACCCUCAUCACAAUGCUUGGUGGCGCCGGUGAGUUUGUCCGUCGUUUGGAGUUCUUGCACAACACACCUGGCCUGUUUUACAUUGGAGACGAACAAUCAUAUCUUCUCCUAUAUCUGUUUCAUUUUGUCGGCAAGCCAGGCCUGUCCUCGCAUUACGCACACAGGUAUAUACCCAGUGCGUUCAAUGAUACCUUGGCGGGCAUUCCCGGGAAUGACGAUUCGGGCGCCAUGGGGAGCUUCACGGCAUCGUCCAUGAUGGGUCUCUACCCGAUGAGCGGCCAAGACGUGUACCUCAUUAUCCCACCAUUCUUCCCAGAAGUCACCAUUCGUCACCCCGGGACUGGCAAGUCAGCAACCAUCAGGAACGUAAACUUUGAUCAGGGGUACAAGAACAUAUAUAUACAGAGCGCAAGGCUCAAUGAUAGGCCAUAUACGAAGUCGUGGAUCACUCAUGACUUUUUCAGCAAUGGCGGCGUGCUGGAGCUGACCCUGGGGCCAUCACAGGGUGCUUGGGGAUCGGGGGAAAAUGACAUUCCUCCAAGUGCAUCUACUCAUUUCUGGAAGUAG